CAGCUGCCGUAGAAAAGAAUGCGAGUCCUGCUGAAGGUGUAAAGGAAACAAGGAUAUUGUAGAAUGGGGAAGUUGAGAGCCUUCUACAUUGAACUUGAAAAUCCCCAAGGGGUUUUCUUUGCAGGACAGAUUAUAAAUGGGAGACUUGUUGUUGAACUGGAUGCAGAGAUGAAAAUGAGAGAAAUAAGAUUGACAUUUAAAGGGUUGGCUUAUGUUCAUUGGACCGAGACACACAGUUCUGGAAGUGGAAAAAAUAGACACACCACAACUAGACAUUACAGCGCUACCGAGAACUACUUCCAUCAAGUUGUUCCUGUGUUUGGACAAGGGAUGGGAAUGGGUGAAGACAAUCGCUUACCUCCUGGACAGCAUGUAUAUCCCUUUUCCUUCCAGCUACCUCCAAAUCUUCCAUCGUCAUUUGAAGGUGGAGUUGGUUACGUCAGAUACACCAUCAAAGGAACCAUUGACAAACCUUGGAAGUUUGACCACACCACGAAGAGACCUUUCACUGUUAAUGCAUUGUUAGAUUUGAACACACAGCCAAAUGCAGCUUGUGGGACUCAAAACCAACAGAGUAAAUUCCUGUGUUGUUUGUGCUGCAAGUCGGGACCAAUAACAGGGGUUUUAAAACUGGACAGAGUAGGGUAUGUUCCUGGCGAAGCAAUAACCUUCAACGCAGAAAUACAAAACAUGACAAGCAGAGUCUGUGGAACUCAUGUUAAGCUUUAUAUGACCACUGUGUUCCAUGCUACAACAAAAUCAAAAACUACGACUACUGAGGUAGCAAGAGUAGUCCACCAGGACGUACAGCCUGGAGAAACAGAAACCUGGUCAGGUGACAGGCUCGUUAUACCCCCCUUACCUCCAUCAUUUCUCGUGGGAUGCAGUAUUAUCGACAUUAAUUACUACUUUGAGUUGAUUGUUGAUCCCUCUGGCCCUGCCAUAGACCUUCAUGUGCCUUUAUUGAUCCUUAUUGGUACAAUACCUCUGCGGACAGUAGUUCAGCAGUACCAAACACAGUAUGGAGUGUCUGCGCCUGAACAGCCAGCAUUACCUCCCCCUGGGCCAGCGCCAUCUGCUCCACCUGUAGGGGGAGCUUCACCUAUGUCAGAUUUGCCACCACCAAGCUACAGUGAGUGUGUGUUUGGUAAAACUAACAUCCGUGAUGAAGAUGACUCAGAACACACAAGGGGAGAGAUGGACUAUGCCCCAGCGUACACAUAUUAUGAUUGGUCCAAACAAUCACAGUUUAAGUAAUUGUGUUUCUUGUAUUAUACAGGGGCUGACAAAUAGAUUUUUUAGGCACUUGUCCAAGGGCAAGUGCAUGGUGAAAAUUCACUUGCCCUACCUGAAUUUUUGCUUGCCCAACCAUAAACUAGUAUUGUAUUUAUAUAUAUUUAAAAAAAUAGGAAGAAAAAUACUGAGUAGAACAUGCAAUCCCCUGUUCCCAAAAUUAAAUCAAUGACAUAAAUCUUCAUUUUAUUUUUUUAAGUCACUUGCCCACGGGCAAGUGGUUGAUAAAAUUUCACUUGCCCUCUCCUAGAAUUCACUAGUCCUGGGCGUCGGGCAAUGGGAUUUGUCAGCCCCUGUUAUAACAUACUAUUAUAACAUAUUUGUAUGCAUAUUUAUAUUGACAUUAAUUUUUGGACAAUGUAAGUUUUAUCUAUGAUACUUUCCAUACACCUUUCCAUAUUCAUAAAUAAAUUUACGUUAAUAUACGAGUAUAUUCCUCAUAUAUUUAUAAAUCUUAUAAUUAAUGUGUAAGAAUAAGUACAAAUGUGCUGUUGAAUCACAAAAUUUUCACCCUUUUUUUUCACAAUAAAUUCAAAGUAUUUAUAUUCAAGAGAACAUUUUCAGAAAUUCUGGCUGUUGUGUGUAAUCUUAAUGUUAAAUAUAUGCGAGAAUGAAAUUUUUUUGAGUAGACAGACUCAUGUAAUCACACAAAAAAAUUUCUCAAAAAAAAUAGUGAUUUACAGAAUAGUUAAUAAUAAUAAUCCUAUAAUUCUAUUUGAAGACAUUUUGGUUUGCAUCUCUUAAUGUACCCUCAAAUGGGGAGUAUUUAUUGAAGAAACUCUCAUUGCCUAUUUCAAAUUUUCACUUGACCAAUGAAAAAAAAAAAACAACUGGUUAAAUGUUUUGCCUAUUACCGCAAAUACAGUGUAUAUUCUAGAUAUACCAAAAAAUUGUAAGUUUUUAUGGAGGAUUGGAGCUCCAGUUCUGAUGAAAAGGGGAACUUUUUUCAACUUCCAAUAAAGGAGUCCCUAUUUCUGUUCAGCCAUAAAUGCUCAGACAUUAAUUUUGUUCUCCUACAUCUUGAAUACUGUUGAUUUAAGAAGCUCUCUUGAAUUUCAUCUAGGAAGUGUUAUUGUUUUUACAUGUACGUGUUAUCAGACUUUUUUUUUCAAAUUUUAACGGGUAUAAUUUAUUAAGAGUUUGUUUAUUGUCUAUGAUAAUUGUCCUGUAUUAUAUACACAAAAAGUUAAGUUACCAAGCUAUGAUCAAUAAAUUUUAGAAUUUCA